AUGCAUCAAAUUAGUGAGAACAUUGAUGAGAAGCAGCAAAAUGCUAGCCCGGCCAGAAUUCCAGUCCUUCUCCCAGAUAUGUUUGUGUCGUUCCUGUCACAGAAGCCGAAGGUCAAUCCCCAUUAUGCGAAGGUCAAGAAGGAAGCAGAGGUCUGGAUCAACAGAAAGGGUAGUGAAUCUGAGCUUACACAAACUUCAGUGUUCGACAACGGACAUCUAAGAGAUAGCCCUGAAGAUGCCCAAGACAUGAUGCAAAGCGUUCAACGACGCUUUUCCAGAGCUAUGAAAAGUUAUUGCAAUGGAGCUCUGGAGCACGUCGCAAGGGAAAGCGAUGCGAAACUGCCUAGCAUCGAAGAGCAGCUGGCAACUCGUAGACUUUCAUCUGGCGUCACGCCCCUCUUUGCUUUAGUCGAAUACGCUCAUAAGCUUGACCUACCGGACGAAAUAUUCGAAGACCCAGCGAUCAAAGAAAUUGAGCGACUGGGAACAGAUUUGGUCCUCUUAUACUUGGGCAAAACGCACGAUGUCGUCCGGCGUACCAGGCAAAUUACCGUUCUGCCGCGGUCUGAGGAUGACGCAAAGCUCAAGCAGACCUGCAAAUUUUCGUUCAUUCGAGUGCUAGGAGCCCGCUUUUAUGGCUUCUGUUGCCUAUCCGUGAUGCUUCUUGUGUCUGUGGGGCUGAAUGCUCCCAUAGGACAGUUCGGAUCAAUAUUUGGACUCAUAUUGUGGGCCAAAGAGGGUAGCGGGAUGCGGAGUCCCGAUGACUAUGAUAGCAUUGAAGCCCCGUAG